AUGGAGGAACUUGAACUGGUUCUGCACUCCAACAAAGUGGACAUUGCAAUUGCAACAGAGACAUGGUUCACCGAUGCAACUACCCAGGUAGCUAACAUUCCUACAUUUACUACCAUCAGUAAAUCUCGUCCGAACAAGCGAGGAGGUGGUGUUGCUAUUUUUGCCAAGGAUCAUCUAUCUGUGCAUACAUUGUCCGACCAUGUUUGCGAGUUAGAAUGUAUGUGGCUGAAACUCGACGUGAAAAAGGCUAGAUGCUCGGUGGCAAGUUUGUACAUAGGUGUCAUCUACUAUCCACCUAACUCAACAUCUGAAUGCAAGAUUCUGGAUCACAUAUGCAACACUGUAGAUCACAUUCGUGCGUCAGACAUGUCAGCAAUAAUCACCCUCUUCGGUGACUUCAAUGGCUUGAAAUGUGACCCUAUCGAGGCUAACUUGAGUAUGACACAACUGAUUUCAUUCCCUACUCGUGGUAAUGCUACCCUGGACAAGAUUUUCACCAAUUUUCCUGUCCUGUUCAAGGAACCUGAGAGACUCCCACCUCUGGGAGCUAGUGAUCAUUGCUGUGUCCUCCUCUCGGCGGUCUGUGAACUCCCUCAACAAAAGAAGGGCGCAACAAGCUUUCGACCCUACAGAGAUUCUUCGGUGCGUUCGUUUGGGCAGUGGAUAGUCGACUACGACUGGAGCAGUGCACUCACUGACUCAUGUACUGACUCAGUGGGAAACUUCUUGACUACAGUUACAGAUGCCUACAAUUUCCAUUUUCCACUGGUAACCUCUACACUGCAGAACAAUGACAAACCUUGGAUGACACAUCGCUUGAAGCAGUUAGUUAAACAACGACAACACGCCUUCAGAAGUGGCAACAUGGACAAAUGGCGUUCACUUCGUAGCAAGAUACGGCGGGAAAUUAGGACUGCCAAGUGUGAGUUCUACAAGCACACUGUCCAACAUCUGAAGUGUAGCCAGCCUGGCAAAUGGCACAGACAAAUUCAAAAACUUUGCCAGAUUAAAUCCAAAUGUACCAUGAUCCCUGGUGCUGAUGUCGACCCAGAAACUACAUCUGAAACAAUCAAUGGCCACUUCGCUGAUAUAUGCAAUCAGUUGCCUGCCCUUGAUCUCCAAGGGUUACCUUCAUAUCUACCAGCCAAGUCACCACCCCCUCUUAUAUACAGGGGGCAAGUGCUUAAGACCCUCAAGAGACUGAAGCCAAUCAAAGCUGGCCAUCCCUCCGAUUUGCCAGUACGGCUGAUCAGUGAGUUUGCUUAUGAAUUGGCUGACCCUCUCACCGACUUGUUUGUACAAUGCCUGCCUACUUGA